GUGCACACAUUAUUUGUCUUUGUCAACAUGUAAUUGAUAGUAUCAAUAGAAAAUAGAAAUCAAUACUCAGUCAUUUUUUAUAUAAAAAAGGAAAUCCAUUGGGUAUCGAUCACUAUCACAGAUGAAACUGUAAUCAAGGAAAACAAAUUUACAAUACUGACAAAAGAAUAUAAGCAAGUUUGACAUUUAUUAGUUGCGGUUAAAAGUUUUCUUUGGCUUGAAAAUGAGCAGUUCCAGAGGUAAUUGUCUACUUGUUUAGCAACUGCAUAGUUUCACUUUUAUUCAGUCAUUUUCAGUUCUUGAAAGGAAAUCCUACGGACAGAGUGUCGUUACUCGAUCAGGUUAUGGUAAUGAAACACAUAAUUUGCAUUCUGCUGAUACUGCUUUAAAUCGGGGUAAUAAGACGUCCUAUUACACAGACGAACCUUCCGUAGCACAUUUUGUUGUUGGCAAUGUUAAAAUUACAGUGACUGUUAGUAGUUCACCAAAAAUAGCAACAAAUGUAACAGCUAUCAAGGAUACUUACGAUUUUAACAAGCGUUAUGUUGAUUUGGAUUUAACCCGAGGUAAUGGAUCCGUCAUCGUAUCGACAAAUGGAAUAAUAGCAGAGCAAGCGGAUCGACCUGCCUCCGUCCAUACAUAUAAUACUACUAAAAGAUUGACAUCCCAUGAAUCCGACAUUGUUAGACGUUCGAAUACUCCAUCAUAUAUUAAAAUCGAUUAUCCAAAAACAAGAGCAAGUCAUAUUGAAAGUUCUAGCAGUCGCGCAUCGAACCUUUAUUCAACAAUACAGGAACCGGUAAAUUCAAGUGUGCAAUGGCGAGAAGUUCACUCAAAAUCAUCUCAUACAGGUCCAACAAUCACUGAAAUUUCCAAUGCUGAAUACGAUAGAAACCGAGCUAAAGAUCAGUUUUGGACUCGUUCACAAGCGAAUGUAUCAUCGCAAGGGUCAAAUUAG